GCAGGAGAACUGGAGAUUUCCCUUUCUUGUUUUCCUUUUUUCCAUUGUGGAGGAUGGAGCUGUUAAUCUAAACAGGGCUGCUGGAACCUGCAGUGUUCCAGGGCAGCAUACAACCCAGGGUUGACCUCUCUUCUGCUGGGUACCUCUCGCUGCUCCUCUUGACCCUCUGGCCCUAUAGAGCCCCUCUAGAACCCCUCGUCUGCCAUUCUGUCCAGUCUCACCAUGAAGCUUCGUUUGGUCCUCCUAACUCUGGCCAUACUCUGGGAGGAGCUCCAAAAUGGAGCCUGCCAGCAGGUGAAGCGCAGGAAGGAAGCGGGAGAGAACCGUAUCAGGCCGGGAAGUAAGCGGGUCAAGGUCCGCUACCCAAAGGUAAAGGAGAAGGACACGGUUGGAAGAGGCCAGUCCAUCUUGACCCAAGUCCUGGAUAAGGGCCGCUUCCUGAGGCUGGGAGAGAAUGUGAGCCUGACCCCGGGGAAGGACAUAGAGCUGCGCUGUAAAGGCACCAACAUUGGCUGGUCAUACCCCACCUACCUGGACACCUUCAAUGACUCCCGACUCAGCAUCAAGCAGAGUGACAAGUACGGCCAGUUGAUCCUGACGUCGCCCUCUGCUGCUGACACAGGGACCUACAGUUGUUGGGUCAUACUCUGUGAUGGAUCCGAGUGUCUGAAAGAUCCUGAUCAUAUCUCCAGCACAUACAUCUUCUUCACAGACAAGGACAAUCUGUUUGUCCCCUCUGCCAUCUACUUUGAGAUUGUCUACCUGCGUCCGGACAGGCCUUCUGUUAUCCCCUGCCGGGUGACCAGUCCACUGGCCAAAGUGUCACUGCACAGAGUGGUUCCCCCAGAAGAGAUGGAAGUGGACGGGACGCUGGUCACCUACCACCCAACCAAGGGCUUCAUCCUCCAGAAGCCGAGCCCGGAGCACCAGGGAGUCUUCUACUGCAUGGCCGUGACCAAAGCUCCCCCGCAGAUCUCCAACAAGUACCAGCUGCUUUACGUGGAGGUGCCCAGUAGCCCACCAUACGUUACCAUUGAAGCCUCCCUCUCCUCUGCCAGUGGAGGAGACAACAUCAACAUCACCUGCACUGUUCUGGGCGAACCGGAUGUGGAUAUCAGCUUCACCUGGACCUAUCCUGGCCAGGGAAAUUGUUACUCAGCUCCAUUGGGUGUUGGGACACUAACCCAGCCCUGUCUUUGUGCUCAGGGCCUCCGUCCUGUUAGCGUGCGUGACUCGUGGAGGCUGAUCAACAGAGGAAUAGCACACACUACGCGCAUCUCCCAAAGCGUCAUGGCCGUUGAUGACCUGGAGACCAUUGACUUUGGGAAAUACAUCUGUAGAGCCAAGAACAAGAACGGAGAGACAGCUGUGGCCACCAGUGUUCGCGCCAACUAGUCAGACGCCAGAGACUAGUGGAACCCGGAAACGCAGAACUCCACUUUGGUGGCUUUUUGAAAUCAUUACCGUUCGCUAGGCAUCUUGCAGCUUGAGUAGGUCACAACUGUUUGCCACUUUGCUGUGGCUGGUUGAGCAAUAAUGCAAGCAGAGUGGGAGCAUACUAGUUUAAUCCAGUGCAAGUCUGACUUGGUCUGAUAUACAGACAAUAUCUGAAUGUAAAUAUCAAUAUAGAAAUCAGGAUGUACCCAGCUUAGGCAGAUGCACAUUUACUCAGUGUGUCAGAGGACAUAUUAAAGACAUAUUCCUAUUGUUUCUUUACAUCCUCUCUGAUGUGUGGCUACGCUCUCCUUGGGCCUUCAGGACAGAUGUAUUUACACACCUGCACCAUUCACUUCUGUAGAAAAAGACUUUUGAAAAUAAAAUCGCUUUUAGGACUAUAUGACAGAGAAGGGUCAUGUGAGAUGCUUCUGCCGUGUCUCCUAGGUUGAGGUAGGAGCAGAGUGAGCAGCGGAGUGAGCAGCAGAGUGCGCGCCCUGCCUCACUCCUAAUGAGCUCCGUAUGUGGAAUGCAUAAUGCCGUCCCAGAUCGUAUUUUGGUCCAGAGUGACACGCUGCAUUUUCCACCUCUUUUACUCAACAGAAACUCAUUAGCUGGACUCUUUGCUUAUAACGACGGUGCAAAGCACUGUUAAGGGAUCUGGCUGCAAAGUCUAGUUUUAGCAGAUGGGCUUUUUGCCUUAACAUGGAAACCAACAGAGUGCAUA